CUUCGCUCUUGCCCCACAAAAGUAGAAGAAAAUCAUUUCCUCUUCCUCUGGCCAAAGGCGGAGUCCUCCAUCUCUCUCAAAGCCUCCAAUCACGCUCUUCUCUAAGGGAAGUCAGUAUGGAUCAGGUUCAACACCCAACUGUCAUGCAGAAGGCAGCAGGCCAGGUCACUCGUUUUAGAAAUUCCCAAGAUUUUCAAGCGAAUGAUGGGUCCUUCUGCAGGCCUGCUCUAUACCAAAGGCAUGCUGUAUAUCGGAAUUACUCCAAUGCUGCACUGCAGUAUUCUACUAUCCGAGCUUGUGGAGCUACCAGUGACCUAUCUAUGGUUUCAUCAACUGCAUCUUCUGUUUGUAUUCAAGCCCCUGCUGAGAAAGGGUUUGCCAGCUUUGCUAUUGAUUUCCUAAUGGGUGGUGUUUCUGCUGCUGUUUCUAAGACAGCUGCUGCUCCAAUUGAGCGUGUUAAGCUUUUGAUUCAGAACCAGGAUGAAAUGAUUAAAAGUGGUAGGCUCUCUGAACCUUACAAGGGAAUUAGUGAUUGUUUCAAGCGAACGAUUCAAGAUGAAGGAUUUGGAUCUUUGUGGAGAGGAAACACUGCAAAUGUUAUUCGUUAUUUCCCCACUCAGGCCCUGAACUUUGCUUUCAAGGAUUACUUCAAGAGGCUUUUCAACUUCAAAAAAGACAGAGAUGGUUACUGGAAAUGGUUUGCUGGGAACUUGGCAUCAGGUGGUGCUGCUGGUGCUUCUUCCCUUCUGUUUGUCUACUCCUUGGACUAUGCUCGAACCCGUCUUGCCAAUGAUGCAAAGGCUGCAAAGAAGGGAGGAGAUAGGCAAUUCAAUGGCCUUGUUGAUGUCUACAGGAAGACCUUAAAAUCUGAUGGUAUUGCUGGGCUUUACCGUGGUUUCAAUAUUUCAUGUGUUGGUAUCAUUGUUUACCGUGGUCUAUACUUUGGAAUGUACGACUCUCUGAAGCCGGUGCUUUUGACUGGAAGUUUGCAGGAUAGUUUCUUUGCUAGCUUUGCCCUUGGUUGGCUCAUCACAAACGGUGCUGGCCUUGCAUCUUACCCGAUUGACACUGUGCGUAGAAGAAUGAUGAUGACCUCUGGUGAAGCAGUAAAGUACAAGAGCUCGCUUGAUGCAUUCUCUCAGAUAUUGAAAAAUGAGGGUGCCAAGUCUCUAUUUAAGGGUGCUGGAGCUAACAUCCUUCGUGCCAUUGCCGGUGCUGGUGUGCUCGCCGGAUAUGACAAGUUGCAGCUCAUUGUGUUUGGAAAGAAGUAUGGAUCGGGUGGUGCUUAAUCUUUUAGUCCCGUUUAGGUUUAUAGACGGCUAUUCCAUCAAAUAAUUCAGAUUCAGUGGGGGGGUUACUCUCCAAACAAUUUUUGUUUUGUUUUGGUUUGGU